AUGGCCGAGUACAGUUGGGACUCGUUCCGCCAGGCGUUUCUCGGUCUUCUUGCGUUGAUCGUGAACUUGUUUGGUUUGGCUGGUCCCUUCUGGCUCGUCACCUUCUUUGUGAUGUCUGUGUAUCAGGUUUUCUACCGAUAUGCAUGGGCAACACUUAUUUUCCCCGCCGACAAGGGUUUUCUUCUGGUCCCGGCUGACACUGCUAACGGCAAAGGUGCAGGUAUUGCGAUUAUAGCGAUAUUCGGCUUCUUGAAGGUUCAGUGGAUGGGCUCUUGGCUGACGGCACUGUUUAUCACGUAUUUUCGUGAUCGGCAGUGGCGCUCUGUCCAAGAUGGUCGUCUCAUUGUGCAAGCGAGUGGCUUCAGCGCCGAUGAUGUUAGCGAGUGGCACCCCAACCAUCGGCCGCGGUUGUGUCCUCGUUGUGAGCGGGAAUCGUCAGACAGGGUGUAUCACUGCGUCGUGACUGAUCGAUGCCUGCCCAUUUACGACCACUUCUGCAGCUGGCUGAUGGUUUCGGUAUAUUCACGAACGAUGAAGUCCUACCUCUACACCAUCCUCUUCCUCCCUCUUGACACUGUUGGAACGUUUGUCGUGCUAAUGGUGCAAUUGUGUUCGCCGGGAGGGAAGUUUCAUUGGCCGUUCGCGGUCACUGUUCUCUUUACCUGCACUGCUCUCGUUGUCGGGGCGGCUCUGUUCGCCCCCAAACAGUGGAAGCACCUGGUGAUGAGGAACGAGGUGAUGUUGGAAUGGCGACGCCCUAGGAAGCCCAUUUUGUUGGGUUUCAAGGACGCUCGCGACUCUAGGCGCCCUCUGACACUGUACAAGCUCUUCGAAGGUAAUCCGUGGGAUCGAGGCACAAAGGACAAUAUUUGCCAGGCUCUGGGAAGCUCUUGGUGGAUGUGGUUUUUCUUCUGGUGGCAACCCGAACGUGUCUCGAAGUACGGUCGAUACCCUCCAAGUGUCGACCUGCCCUUCUCCCGCAAGGUUUGGGAUGUUCGCCUGGAAGUCCUCGGUCUCGCGGUCAACUUCGAAGGUGGUCGCGAUGCGAUAGCUCAGCACCUUCACCGCCGUGGGCAAGGUUUCUCUUCAAGCCAUGAAGAGGAUCCAAGUGUCACGGCGCGUCGGCGAGCUGCGCAUUCUGGCUAA